AUGUGGAAUUUCUUUAUCUUCUUGGCCGUUUGUUUCGGCAUUUUGCCAUCUCUCGCCUUCGUCGCCUCAGAGCCACUGACGGUUGACCAAAUGGAUUUCUAUAUCGGAGCCACCGUUGUCACGUUCAUCAAUGUUCACGCGGCACACAACCCAUACAUUCUCCUCUUCGUCCCGAUACUUCUCUCGUUCGCUUACGCGAACUCACUCCGCGUCCGAAACGUCUUCAAGCUCGACUAUCCGUUCGCUCUUUCACAACUCGUCGUGAAGUCCUCUGAGCUCCUGGCCCAUCUCAUCAAGUCGGGCACACAGCAAACCAUUGCUGAUUUGCGGAGCCAGCUUGCCAUCAAUACCAAAGAACUGAAAGCUGCCAAGACGAACUUGGCAGCAGUUCAUGGUAUCAAUAAGGCACUCAAGACCCGCAUUGAGCAGCUGAACACCCAGGUCUCCGACAAAGUGAGUUACCAGCAGGAGAGUCGGCCCUCCACUCAGUGGUUCUCAGUAGGGGGCGGCUUGAUAAGCAUCGGCGCCCUGCAAGAGAAGUUAGACGACCUUGUUAACACCGUGAGUCAAAGAGAAGCGACCAUCGCGCAAUUAAAGCGCGCCGAAGAGCAGAAGAUGGCCUUCUGGAAGAACCAGUGCCAGUUGGUGGGUGAAGGUGCAGCGGAAAACAGAAAGCUCAUCGAGGUUCUGCGUCCGGAGCUCGAGGCCUUGCGAGCCUCUUACGACAAACUGGCCCGGGAUCACUACACGGCCCAACAAGGAGCAGAUAAGUUCGACCACCUUGUCGAACUUAUCCACCAGUUCGCAGAGCCCGGCGUAAAUCAGGAUCUGCAGGCAGCGACCGUUUGGUUCAUCAACGGACUGCGAGCGCGCGGAGUCGACGUGGAACAUUUGAAGGUGGAUCUGGAUCGUCUGGAUGUCUGGACGAGGUUCGUUCGAGAUGGCCACCAAAGCCUCAUCAUCCCACAACAGGGCCUUCGACUCGACCCUGAGAGGUCGCCCAUGAGGGGCUUAAAGUUGAUCGGCACCACAAUGGUGGACCCAAGGAAUUGCGGUCAUGAGGCCCGCCAGAUCUUUGACGCCGCGACACGGCACAUGCCUGUCGCCCCUAACGGCCCUUUGGGUCAGUACGGGUACCAGCCUGAGCCUACGAGCCAGGCAGUACAGCCUUAUAACGGCCCUAUGGGUCAGUUCGCGUACCAGCCAGAGCCUACGGGCCAGGUAGUACAGCAUCAGCAGGUCACUGCUGUUGCGAACGAAACCCCGGUCUUCGCUUCUGCUGGUCUACCAGCAACCUUUGAGCCCGCCGCCGAAGUACCAUCCCUGGCUUCGAGGAUGACGUUUGGCCCAGCAGAGACUGUGGCUUCCUUCGCUCCCGCUCCCGCCCCCACCUUGGAAAAGCCAUCACUGGCUUCAAGAAUGACUUUCGGCCCAGCAGAGACUGCGGCUGCUCCUCCUCCCGCGCCUGCGCCCGCGCCUGCACCCACUCCGACUCCUAUUCCUGCCUCUGUCCCUGCCUCUGUCCCUGCGGCUGCUCCCGCACCCGUUAACGAGCCUCUGGUGGCGGCCACUGCCGCUGUAGCAAAGAAGCGUAGUGACCCUGACGACGCUUUCGCCAACGUCGAAGCAGAGGUCCGCUCCAAGCGAUCAGGAGCAGGUCGAUCGGCCGCACCAAGCUCGAACAAAACGGGCACAAGGAACACCGCAAACCGGGACAAGGAGCGCCGUCGCCGUUUGGGAGGUGUAUUGGAGUCGACCCUCCUUUCUAAGGGGUCGUGA